CGUAAUACCAGUGGCAAAAUUGUUUUCAAUAAAUGUAAUAAUUCUGUUGAGGAAAGUGAUUUUAGUAUAUAUUCCGAAGAAAGUACAUAUUCUGAAGAAAGUGCAUAUUUUGAAGAAAGCAAUUCAACUGCAACUUAUUAUUGUAAAUACGGUCCUCAUAGAAAAUUUACUUUAGCAGCAGAGAAAAAAAAUUCUCUUACAGAUUUUUUUAAACCCAUUAAUUUGGACAAUAAUGAAGAUAAAAUUAAUGACAUGGUUUCUUUUAUUAGAAUGGAUAGUGGAUAUAAUAAAAGUAAUGAAAUAAGUAAAUGUAACGAAACAAGUGAACCAGGUAGACAUAAUGGAAUGGAUAGGGAAACAAGUAGAUAUGAUGAAAUCGAUAGUGGAAUGGGUAAAAAUAAUAUAAUAGAUGGUGAAACGGGUAGAUACGGCGAAAUUGGUGAAAUGGACAAAAUUAAUGAUGAACCAGGUAGAUAUAAUAAAGUCAAUAUUGGAAUGGAUAAAAACAAUGAAAUGGAUGAUGAAACAGGUGAAAUUGAUGAUGAAACAUGUAGAUAUGGUGAAGUCGAUAUUGGAAUAGAUAAAAAUAAUGAAAUGGAUGAUGAAAUAGACAAAAUUGAUGGUGAAACGAGUAGAUAUGGCGAAAUCAAUAGAACGGGUAAAAAUAAUGAAAUGAAUGGUGAAACAGACGAAAUUGAUAGUGAAACGGAAAAAAUUGAUUGUGAAAUAGGUAAAAAUAAUGAAAUGGAUGGUAAAACAGAUGAAAUUGAUGGUGAAAUGGGUAGAUAUGGCAAAAUCAGUGAAAUGAACAAAAUUGAUGAUGAAAUGGGUGAAAUUGAUUGUGAAAUGGAUAAAUAUGAUGAAAUGGAUGGUGAAAUGGGCAAAUAUGACAAAAUCGAUAGUAAAACAUAUAGAUAUAAUAAAAUAGAUAGUGAAACGGUUAGACAAAAAAUAAAUGAAUUUAGUAAUGGGAGUGGUUAUGGCGAAACAAAUGAAUUUAAUAACGGGAAUAAUUUAAAUCAAGUUGAUGAAAUAAUUGAUGAAACAAUUGAUGAGACAGUUGAUGAAACACUAGAUUAG